UAUUAACAAUUUAACAUGCCUAAGAAAAAGACAGGAGCAAGAAAAAAGGCUGACAAGCAAAAGGAGAGACAGAAAGAGAUAAAGAGUUGUUCUGAGGCGAAGAGUUUGGUCCAGCACCCUUGCAAUAAACUUAUGGAAUGUGACAAAUGUCAGAGGAGACAGAAAAAUAGAGCCUUUUGCUAUUUUUGCCACUCGCUCCAGAAACUUCCUUUAUGCUGUCACUGCGAUAAGACUAAGUGCAUGGCAAAGGGAGGGGAUUGUGUUGUAAAGCAUCAUGGACUGUAUGUCACUGGAUUAAGCUUAGUGGGUGCUAUAUGUGAUUUCUGUGAGGCAUGGGUCUGCCACAGUAGAAGAUGUCUCCAGACUCAUGCUUGCUCUUGUCCACUAGCCGAUGCUGCUUGUAUUGAAUGUAACAGGACAGUCUGGGAACACGGUGGGCGUGUGUUCAAGUGUCCUUAUUGUGAAGGGUUCCUGUGUGAAGAUGAUCAAUUUGAACAUCAGGCCAGCUGUCAGAAACUAGACUCUGAGACACUUAAAUGUGCCUCAUGCAAUAAGCUGGGUCAGCAUUCUUGUCUAAGGUGUAAGAUAUGUUUCUGUGAUACACAUGUGAAAAGGAAAGGUAUUAAGUAUGUAGUAGGAGAGGCCUUCCCUUGUCCAAAGUGUGGAUUCACUACAAAGGAAACAAAAGCUCUUAGCAUGUCUACUCGAACUGUAAAGUUUGGUAGACAGAGAUAUAACGAUGAUGAGUAUGAUGAGUAUGGUGAUGAGACAGUAGGUGCUACUGGAGGAGGAUACCAUUACAAUUAUGAGUACAAUGGCGGUGACGAUGAUGAUGAUGACGAUGACGAUGAUGAUGAAGAGUGGGAAGAAGAAGAGGGGGAAGAAGAAGAGCAAGAGCAAUAGUCAAUAUGAAUAAUUUAUAAUUAAUUUUAUUUUUUAUUGAUAUUAAUGACACGGAGAUUUACGGAGUUUCGUGCAAGGU